UAGGAACUGGACACAGGAACAGGAUCUCAGCUAACAGUGUGGGCAAGAUGGAACCUGGCUACACUGCUCCACAGAUCUUCACACUGAUGAUGCAAGGCAUCACCUCUGUCCUUGGCAUCGGGGGCAACGGGAUGGUGAUCUGGGUGGCUGGAUUCCGGAUGGCACGCACAGUCACCACCUUGUGUUACCUGAACCUGGCCUUAGCUGACUUCUUCUUCACUGCCGCCAUGCCAUUCAUCAUGGUUGAAAAUGUCAUGAGAGGACAAUGGCCUUAUGGCUCGUUGCUAUGCAAAUUACUUAGUUUCACGAUUGACACAAACCUGUUUGGAAGUGUCUUCCUCAUUGCUUUCAUUGCUCUGGACCGCUGUGUUUGUGUCCUGCACCCAGUCUGGGCCCAGAACUACCGCACUGUAAGGUUGGCUAAAAAAGUGAUCAUCGUACCCUGGAUUCUUUCACUGCUCCUUAACUUGCCAAUUCUCAUCUUCGUUACUACAUCAAGAGAUGAAAAAGAUAAUAUAUACUGUGGUUUCAACCCUCACUUCUGGGGUAACAUCAGUGAAGAACAGAUCUUGCAGAAGAUCUUCACCUCAUUUGCAAUCAUAGGGAUCAACGAGUUUGUCACUGGGUUCACUGUGCCAAUGUCCAUCAUUGCCGUCUGCUAUGGGCUCAUUGCUGCCAAAAUCUGCAACAAAGGCAUGGCUAAUUCCAGUCGUCCCAUACGGGUCCUCAUUGCUGUCAUGGCCUCCUUCUUCAUUUGCUGGUUCCCCUUUCAACUGUUUCUUCUUCUGUUCACACUCUACGCCAGAGAGAUUGAUAAAGGAAAGUAUCAACUCAUUCCUCUCCUGGUACACCUAACCAGCACCCUGGCCUUCUUCAACAGCUGCCUCAACCCAAUGCUCUAUGUCUUCCUGGGUCGAGACUUCCGAAAGAGACUGAUCCACUCCCUGCCUGCCAGUCUGGAGAGGGCCCUGACCGAGGAUUUAACCCCAGCCCGUGACACAACCACCAAAUCUGCUUCCUCUCCAACAGGGGCUGAGUUACAGGAGAUGUGA